AUCUCGUCCCAUCUCGUCGGCCGAUAGAUUCUUAAUUACUGUCAUCGAGGUCUCUCAAGGCAUUGCUAAGGCUAGAGAUCUCAAAGGAAGCCAUUCACUCGCCUCCCAUGGGAUCCUGCUGCUCGACAUCCGACGACUCGUCACAGCACGAACUCCAACAAGCACGCCCCGCUCCGCCGCCUCAAAACCAGAACAACAUGCCGCCGCCACGCGACCACAUCGUCACCCUCGAGAAGAAAUGGGGAUACCACGCCAUUGACGGAUAUGAACUAAAUAACAACACCUGGGGUCUCGAGAGCGCGACGUCGGGCUCGCAGCGCACGCACUACGACGGACCCAGCCCGCCCGGCGUGUCGGGUGCCCAGGGCAUCUCGUGGUCGACGGACUGGGAGUGGCAGGGCGGCGAGCACAACGUCAAGUCGUACGUCUACGGCGCGAGGCAGUUCCAGCGCCGGCUUUUGAGUGAGAUCCGGGCGCUGCCGACGGAGGCCGAGUGGCAUUACAGCACGUGGGAUGUGAGGGCCAAUGUGGCGUAUGACAUCUUUACGGACCCGGAUAAAGACCACGCCAACAGCAGCGGAGAAUUCGAAGUCAUGAUUUGGCUGGCCAAGCUGGGCGGUGUGUGGCCCAUUAGCGAGUCAAAGGCGCCCAUCGCGCAUGUUGAGAUCUGCGGGCAUCAGUGGGAGGUUCACUUUGGUUACAACCAUGGCGGCGCGAUGAAGGUGUACAGCUUCUUGCCCGUCAACGGCCCUAUUCAGCACUUCAACGCCGAUGUGAAGCAAUUCUUUAACUUCUUGAGCCACCAGUUCCAGUUCCCCCAACACAACCAGUACAUGCUCGUCUAUCAGCUCGGUACCGAGGCUUUCACUGGAGGCCCUGCGGAGUUUGUCGUGCCCAAGUUCAUUGCCGAUGUCAUCUAGACCUAGGUAUGGCUUAUGACUUUUGCUGCUUCAUGAUACCAAAGAGAAUAUGUCGUCAUACGAGCAUCCCUCGAAAGAUGGCACUCGUUGCUUCUAUAGUCUAUGGUAGUAAUACACAUGUAAUACAUCAUGAGGGAAGAUGGUUCAGUACCGCCUUCGUGGGUAUCACGCAACACAGUGGUCAACACCAGCAGUCACCAACAACUUGGCGUACUGCUGAUGCAAGAAGAUUCCAGGCCCUACCAGGGAAACACCUUUACCGUC